AUGUCUUUAAUCACACUAAAUCUUCAAUUCAUAUUUGCAUUUGUUACAAGAGAUUAUACUGAUCUAAGAAAAUUUGUAUUCUAUAACACGGCUCGAUACUACCAUGCUUACUAUGGCCACAAAACAGAUCCUCGUGCCGUCUUUGUGGGACUUCUUUUGAUGCUCUCUGGAUUCCAGUAUCUAAACCAGUGGACAAGGUAUACGCAGGCUAUUGAUAUGGUCAAGAAGUCGCCUGCCUACAAAAAUAAGCUAAAAGCCUUGGAACUUGAACGCAGUGGGGGAGUGACAAAUAAGAAGAAAAGUAACAAGCAAGUAGAUAAGAAACUACAGGAAGAGCUCAGCAAGGAACUUGAUCUGCAGAUAAAGGGUGCUGAAAAGCCCUCUGUUUGGGAACUUUUAGGCAUUCGUUUCUUGCUACUCCCUUACACUGUCGGGAAGCUUUUGUUGUGGUAUGGAUGUUGGUUCUGGAGAUACAAGGUGAAACGAGCUCCAUAUUCAUGGGAAGAUGCCUCCUAUUUAACAAGAAGAUCCCUUGGAGUACCUUCUGAUUCGUGGAGAUAUACAGAUGAAUCAACCAAAGAAGAUCUUAUUCAAAGACGUCUUUGGGAAAAACCCAACUUGGAGAGCUACAUGGCAGAGAUGAGGAAAGAAUCAAAACGCAGAAGAUAAAAGUUUUAUAACAGAGAGCCUGGUGACCUUGUUUGCCUGUAAUCCGUUGCAGAUUUGCAAGAAGCAUGAAAGAAUUUUUGACAGAGGAAAGCGUUUAAUAUUACAAAAGGAAAGCCAAACCAUAACACUCAGUAUAUUUCUUUUUGCAGCCUCAGUCUAUAGAAUUGAUAAGAUUUUUGUGACUUAAAUCAGUAAAUGGUCAAACAAAAAACUUGACGAUAUCAGAUUUAAUGUGAUAAUUCUCUGUUUAAUGCCCACGAAACACCAACACACUGAUACACUACGAGUGUUCGAAUCCCAAGUCUUUUCUUGAUAUAUAUAAACACGAUGAUAGCAUCAUUCCAAA